UUAUAACCGCUCAUCGGAUUAGCACGAAGACCCACCUCUAUAAUUACGCCACCGCGCGGGCCUAUCAGCCCUAGCUAGCCAGCCAGCCACAGCCAGCCUCGCUGCGCUGCUCCCUGCUCGUCGGGUUGUGUUGAAUUGGCGCCGCGGCCGCGCUGCCCGUGCGUCCAGGCUGCGCUGCUAGGGUUAGGGUUUGCGGGUGCAUGCGCGAGGGAUGACGCCGCAGCGGUCGCCGGCGGGGCAUGUGGGAGGGGGAGGAGGGGGCACGUCGGCGCUGCACUACCUAAGCGGGCCGUACGGGGACACCACGUUCACCAAGGUCUUCGUGGGGGGUCUCGCCUGGGAGACGCGCAGCGAGGGGCUGCGCGCGCACUUCGAGGUCUACGGGGACAUCCUCGAGGCCGUCGUCAUCACCGACCGCGCCACGGGCCGCUCCAAGGGCUACGGAUUCGUGACCUUCCGGGACCCAGAGUCAGCGAGGAUGGCCUGUACAGAUCCGUAUCCGGUGAUUGACGGGCGGCGCGCUAAUUGUAAUCUUGCCAUUCUGGGGCGACCUGGUCCAGCUGUGCCUUAUGCACCUAUAAGGCCGGUCAUCCCUUACAAUGGAGGUGUGGCGGUUCCAGGGGGCAUGUAUGUGCAAAGCCCAACAUAUCAGCAGCCACCAUACAACUACUCACAGGCCUUUGUAUAUCCUUCUUAUGGGCCAUCAACAUAUGGACCUGAAUACUUAUAUCAGCAGAAUGCAUAUGGUCCAUAUGUAGGACAGCAGUAUGUUCCGGUAUAUGGUGGACCCAGGACAGUAGGCCCAGCAGUUUACCAGUAUGGGCAGUUUGGCCAACCUGUACCGAGCAAUCAUGCUUAUUCACCUGGUUAUGUACCAAGUCAUCUUCUGCCACUAUCAAAUCAGAAUGUUAAUGCUGCAAAUGUUGCGCGCAUACCAACAGUUCAGCAACAAUUUCCUCCAGGAGCUCCGCGACCUCAGCAACAGCUCGUGAUCCCUGCACGUGCUCCACAAUUCCCUCAGAACAACAUUUCUGAACAAGCUUCAGGCUGACAAAGGGAUGCUAUGAAGUGACAAAUUUGAGGUAUCCUAUAGUCUGCAGCAGGACUAAGAACAGCAGUACUGCUAAUUGGGCGGCGUGCUUCUUUUCUUGCAAACUGUUAUCUUUUGCAUUCUAAAGGUUGUCCUUGUCCAUGGUUACCUGAAAUCCUCAUAAUGUGAAUGUCGAGCUGCUCCGUUGGAUGGGGCAGGAAAGUGCGAGAGAUGGAAGAUGAAGCCACUCUUGCUCUGUUUCUGUCAGUGUCUGUACAUUCCCCAUCUGCCAGAAAUUCUGAUAGCUGGUGGUCUGCAUGGACCAAAGUGGAUGCCGGAAAUGGAGUCCGGACUCCAACCUGUGUAUAAUAUAGCUCAUGUAGGUCCAAAUCGUAGAACAGGUCAAUUCUUUCAAAUUGCUGAUGCAUCUGGUUGUGUAUAUCCAUUCUCCUUGUCGUCCUUUUUUGGUACCAUCAGUGCAUGUGUACAUGUUGCAUUAGGGCAUAGGUCUUUCAAUGUCAUUGUGUCCUCGGUCGGUCCUGUACAUUAUUAUUCAUAAACUGAAACUGUAUAUCAUCUAUAUGAACGUGUAAUCGAAUAAUAACAAUCCUAUCCUUGAAAAGAAUGUAAUUUGUUGCUA